AUGUCAUCCCCCAGCGCUCUCGAGAUCGUAUCUCGCCCUUCAACCGAACGAGGGCACGCGGACCACGGCUGGCUAAAGACAUUCCACACCUUCUCCUUCGCGAACUACUACGACCCUUCCCACAGCGGAUUCGGGUCCCUCAGGGUGCUGAACGAGGACCGUGUACUGCCAGGAACGGGGUUCGGCACGCACCCGCAUUCUGAGUUCGAGAUUUUCAGUUAUGUCGUCUCGGGCGAACUGGAACAUCGGGAUUCGAUGAGAAAUGUCGAAGUACUCAAGAGGGGCGACGUCCAGCUCACUUCCGCUGGUACCGGUAUCCGACACAGCGAGAAGACCUUUGGCGCUUCACCAGUUCACUUCCUCCAGAUCUGGGCCAAGCCCCGUGUCUCCCGCUUGGUCCCAAAGUACUUCACCCGUCACUUCUCAGACGAGGAGAAGACGGAUAAGUGGGUGAAGGUCGUCGCCCCUGUUGAGGCUGAGGGAGUGCUGGACAAGAGGGAAGGGGAUGGGCCUGCCCCGGUACAGAGCGGGGUGACGAUGUACGCUACUCUUCUCUCUGAGGGAAACAGCCUUGCGCAUCGGCUUCCACUCGACGGGCAGGGCAAGACGAGAAAGGUUUACGUGCAUGUCGUCCAGACUAGCGGGUAUAACGAUGGAUCCUCUAGCGGAGCACGCGUGAAGCUGAGCGGGGAAGGCAAGGAACUCGAGCUGAGGGAGGGCGAUGGAGCUUAUAUCGCUGGAUUACCUGAGCGCGAGCUGAUCCUGGAGAACGUCGGCGAGGGGAGGGCAGAGAUCGUUUUGUUUGAUACUGAGUAG